ACCCAUCGCGCCAGUCCCCCACGAUCAGUGGCUGACAACCCAUCUCGCCUCGUCCUGGAAAAUCCGCCAGGUCAAGUCCUACAUCCUUGCAAAGUGCCUCUCGCACUUCGAUGCGCCGGACCUCGAGCCUCCGCCAGCGGACCCGCGACAAGGAGCGCGUCCGCCAUCCCCGAUCACAUUCGCGAAGCAGCCGCACGUCCAAGAGCGCCGCUCGGUAUCUCCUAUCCAGUUUGCAAGACCAGAGACGCCCGAUGUGGACCAGGCAAACGAAGAAGGCGGUAACAAGCCUGCUGAGGACGGCGGCUACGAGGAAGACGAUGAAUGGGACGACCAGGAUAUGGACGAGGUAGUCUUCGUUCAUCGGCCUCCCAAGGUUCCACCAAAGCCAAAGGACAUCAACAAGAAGAAGCGCGUACAUCCCCAUAAUGUUACCAUCAUCCGCUUCUCUACCGGACAGACAUUGGAAGACGACUUCACCGUCGGCAUGUAUGACUUCGCACCCUACGAGCUCCUGGAAGUCCAUCGCGCUGGUUCUAUCAUCCCUUUGAGACGGCAUGCUCUUGAGGACUACUGUCAGCCCUUCUGGGAAGGCCACGUCAAGGUCUUGAAGUCGACACGCGAAUCCGAGUACGAAUGGCGCGACAAGUUCAUCGUCGCCCGCGACGGGAUUCUGAGCAUCUGCCGAAAUCAGAACGAUCACGAUCCUACGCACGAGCUUCCACUGGACACGCUCAACGCUAUCUGCACGCCCGACCACCUGAACAUGGCCACGACAUCGUGGAUUAACUCCUCCGGGGUAGAACAACGACGGAUCGUCUGUGCCAAGUUUGCCGUGCCCACCGAUAUUGGUGCUCUGACGGGAGCGAAGCGAGAGAAGGUCAAAUCUCUAAAGAAGCUUCGCCUCAGCAAGAGCAAAGACGAAGGCCCCUUCGGACUGGACCCAGGUUCAAGCUCUCCUCACGGCUCCGCCUCCUUCGUUCAACGGGCUGGCAGUCAGCUGAAGCAAGUCGUCCCCGCCCCCUCUCGCCUGCGACCCACUCUGGACAUUAGUGCCAUUAACACCGAGCGGCGUGGCUCCCCUCCGCCCUCGCAACCGGUUCCCUCCAUCAUGGCCGCCAUGACGCCGCACGAUGACCCGCUGGAGGGGGACACGCCCAAGCCGUCACGAGCCCGCUCAGAGGGCCAUCGCCGAGCUAUGAGCGACGAUGAUUCCGGGAAUCACUCGUCGUCGGAGAGCGGGCUGUCAUCCCCGGUGUUUGCGCACACGCCGCUGACGGAGAAAGAUGAUGAAGAAGUCAGCGAUUUUGAGUACCCGGGGCUGCAGAGGCUGAACUCGAAGGCGCGGCUGAAGGACGCGUACAGGCCGAAAUUUGGGUCGGUGAAGUUAGGAGGGAAGCUACACGUCGACUACGAGGCUAGUACGCCGGAGGAAGCGUCUUUCGCGCAGAACAAGCGGUCGAAGACACCGACGCCAGCCUCGACCCCGAUCCAGGGCCAGUGGGUCGUCUUCGACCUAGGGGACGACGAUGCCUAUACUUCCUUCCUUCGCAUACUGCACCGAUGGCCGGUUCAGAACGAACAUGGUUCCAUCAACUCUACCUUCAUUCCCUGGGUCGCAUCCGGACCUGGGUACUUCCCAGACGACUUCGACAUGUCUGAUGACUCGCCCUAUGCCGCCGGUGCUCCCGGCACCGAGUCCAGCACGUACGUAGCCAGCGAGAGCCCAAGGCCGCGUCCUAUGGCGUCCAUGUAUCCAGAAUGGCGCCUGUGGGCGACGCGCCGAGCCCGCGAUGCUGGCUGCACCGAGUCGGCGGUCCUGAGGAUGGCUUUGGGCUUCACGACAAGCGUGCCAGAGGUGAUGAGCGAGAAGAAGCGGGGAAAGCAACGAGAUACGGGGGAAUCCUUGUCGUGGUCUCCCUCGGACAUCGACGGCUCGGAGAGCGAGAGCGAGGCCGAGUGGCAUGGGUGGAUGAGCGACAUUCGGCGGCAAGCGUACGUGCGCAAGCGACAGUCAGUUGUUAACCACUACCGAGACGAGUCCGGAUCGACGGCGCCCUACACGAUGGAGUCGUACUCUUCGUCUGCGCAGGUGUCAGUCUCGUCGUCUGGCGGCACGCGCAGUCCGCGAAGUCAUGCCUGGAGUACGAACGCACAGCCAUCUCAUUCGCACUCAAAUAAGUUACCUUCGCGUAUGGCUCUACCGGCCGCGUUCCAGCAUCCCAAAGCUCAGUGGGCUGGGCAAAACCUCAUACCGCCAGACGAACUGCUCUCACCGUCCUACGCUGGCCGUCGACCGAGUCUACCGAACAUCCCCGUAUCACCUACGCCAUCCUCGAAAUCGUCGCCGAAUCGAGCGGCGUCCAAUCCGGCGACGCUUGCCACGAUCCCCUUGACACCCACUCCUAUAUCUGCCUCCGCUUUCGCUGGCUCCUCGACCUUGGCAGGCUCCCAGUCCUCUUCAUCCAGUAGGACCACGGCCAACGGCGCACCCUUGCCACGUCGCGCGAGCUCUGCUGGCAUACUCGGCUUCAACGGCCUGAAGAAGAAGACGAGCAUCGACCAGGACAACCGAGAACGCGACAUUCGCGAGCGCGAGCGCGACCAGCAGCAACGCGCCCGCCGCCGCCUCGAGAAGGAGCACGGCAAGGCAGAGAAGUCCUCGCAAAAAGACGCGCCGGCGGAGAAGGAAAAGGAAAAGGAAAAGAAGGGCCACCGCAAGAAGCUCUCCAUUUCCUCCGGCUCCGGCCAUCAUCCCCAGCAGCAACAGCAACAGACCCAAUCUGGCAUGUCUCGCACGCGCACGAUGCUGCGGCGCGCGACGUCGGGGUCGAACCUGCGGGACGAGGGCGCGGCGCUGCGGGAGCACGCGAUGCGCGAGCCAGUGUCGAUGCGGGAAGGCGUGGUGCGGGAGGAGAUGGCCCGGGAGGCGGACGCGGCGAGCCAAGCGAGCUCGAAGAAGAGCGAGGGCAGCUCGACGAAGAAGAAGAAGAUGAGCAAGUCGGAGUGGAUCGUGGAGCGGCUGGAGGAUGCAUUGGAUUUUGUGGAGGGGAGAUAGUGGAUUAUAGCGCGUUGAACGUGCUGGAUGACUAUACGUAUGCAUGACCUUUGCCUCUCUUUUGUUUCUCGGUUCGUACUUACUAGUUGUACUUUUGGCUUGGCCUUAUUGUUAUUUUAUUCCUCUUCUCCUGUUCACUCACAUCUCACAUAUCGCCAUGUACAUACAUCCCUUCUCACCUGGAAGACAGAUAACGCAUCCAAACUCCCAUAGUCCCUACCGUACGAGCAUUUGUCCCUAUGCCGAUAUUUUCGCCAAGUAAUCUCGAGCUACACGCAAAGGAAAUUGAACAUGCA